AUGCCGCGGUUGUCCGAAUUCGAUGACUAUGAUGAAUGCUUGCAAGGUGCACCGGAUGGAAAUGUGGCCAGUUACUGUUUGGUGAGGGUAGUGCUCAAGCCAGACAACAGUUCCGAGCUGUGGAAGCAGAUAGAUACGUUUUCCCGGGACCGGAAUCGCCACUACAAUCAUGCUUUGCUGGAUCGGGGACUGUGCGUUGAGGGUUGUCGAAAUUUGAUAAGGAAUUUACCAAAUUCUACACGACAGCAGCUAAGGGUAGAGAAAUUUCCAAUAGAUUUUCCAUACAGUUUUGGUGAUUUCAAAACUAGUACCAGGGAUCGGGAAAGGUAUGGAAAUUUGGUGGAUAUUUGUCUUAACUAUCAGUUGAACCAAAGCUAUCAACUGAGAGCUUACACUGAAAUAGAAUUGUGCGAGAAGAAAAGUGAUUCAAUGGAUGUGGAUUUACUCGAUUGGUCUUUCCUGUUGAUUUUUGCACUUUUGAUCGCUCUAACGUUGAUUUCAACAUUGUUUGACAAAUCGAUCAAUUAUAAAAUGAGCACUGCACAUUACAAACAGCCACUGGACAGCAAGAAGAAAACAGCUUUAGCGUCGUUUUCAAUUCUUCGAAAUUGGUACCGAUUGGCUGCCCGGUCGCACAGCUCCAAGAGCAAGGAGCUGCGGUUUCUUAACUUUUUCCGAGUCAUAACGAUGAUCCUUGUGAUUCUUGGCCACGCCGCCCUCCUUACCAUCAUAUCACCAAGUUCCAACUCGAUUACCCUAGAGCUGUUGUACCACGAUAUCGGAAGCAUGAUCCUUACGAGUGGAACUCAAAUAACGCAGACAUUCAUGUUCAUCAGCGGGCUGCUGAUGGCAUUAUUCAUAGUCGAUAUGGUUGACGUCAAGAAAGUGAAACUUGGAGUAGUGCAUUGGAUUAAAUUUAUUCUCCUGAGAUAUUUACGCCUAACGCCAGUUUACGCUUUCGUCGUUCUGCUGCACGCCACCUGGUUAAUCAAACUGAGGGAUGGACCAAUUUGGCUCCGACAUCAUGAGAAGGAAAUGAGCAACUGCCGAGAAAAUUGGUGGACAAACCUGCUGUACGUGAAUAAUCACAUCGAAUCUAAUCAUCCGUGUGUUCAACAAGCUUGGUAUCUUGGAGCGGAAUUCCAAUGUUUCGUGAUUGGAUUGACUGUUCUGUUGAUAGCAGUUAGGAUUCGUAGGUUUAUGAUUUCAAUCGUGUCGAUUGCAACGCUCGCCUGUCUGAUUGGCCAGGGCACUGUAAUUUAUUUCGAGAAGCUUGAAGGAACAUUUCCGAUAACGCUUGAGAGUCAACGAUUCGUCCUUCAAAAAGAUCGAUUGUAUCUGAUGGCUUACAUCCCAUUCUACAUCAAUGUUGGCAAUUAUAUGUGUGGAGUACUUACAGCUUUAAUUUUUCUCCAUCAGACUGAAAAUAACUAUAAUCCUGUUAAGUCAAAAUGGUUCCGAAUCAGCUGGUACCUAUCGUUUCCGGUGAUUGUGACAUCGCUGCUGGUGCACUACAUUUUCUACGUGUACGAAUUCAGCAAGCCUGCGCUGUGGAUCGCCAUUUAUUUUCCGGUGACCAAGAAUCUUUGGGGUGUGUGGAUGGGUUUCGUGUUCCUGGGGCUCGUCAAUAACAUCAUGCCGGUGACGAGGCGGAUUAUGAAUCAUCCGGUCUUCGAAGUGCUUGGACGGUUGUCUUAUAGCACUUAUUUGGCCCAUGCGUUUGUGAUGAGGUUGAUUUUCCUAAAUACUCGCGGUCCCGCACAUUUCAGUGAAUUUACAAUGAUUUCUCAUACAUGUGCAUCAGUCUUGUUGUCAUGCUUCAUGGGACUGUUCCUUAGUUUUAUCUUGGAGCUUCCGGUGUCCUGUUUACUGAAGCUGGCUUUCGAAGGAACCAAAAAUGAUCAUCUCAAAUUAGGCAUAGUGUACUGGCGGGUGAGCGGGCCAAGUGGGACAGCACGAAGUUCCCCCGGCUGGAUGCGGAUGGCCCGGUGGCACUAA